AGCUGAAAUGGCACUCUGUUGCCUUGCUGUGUUCACAGGAUGGAUAUCUGCGGGGGUCCUUACAGCUACCUAAUUUCUCUUCUCCUCCUCCUGUUCCCUUCAGAGGCAGCCUGUCGCCCCUCUGGGAGAAGACUCUGUAAGAUGCAAGUCUUCAGAAUUUGGGAUGUUAACCAGAAGACCUUCUACCUGAGGAAUAACCAACUAGUUGCUGGAUACUUGCAAGGGCUAAAUACUAAAUUAGAAGAAAAGAUCGAUGUGGUGCCCAUUGACUCUCAUGCUGUGUUUUUGGGGAUCCAGGGGGGGAAGCUAUGCCUGUCCUGUGUCAAGUCUGGUGACAAUAUCAGGCUCCAGUUGGAGGCAGUUAACAUCACUGACCUGAGCAAGAAAAGGGAGCAAGAUAAACGCUUCACCUUCAUCCGUUCAGACAAUGGCCCUACUACCACCUUUGAGUCAGCUGCCAUCCCAGGCUGGUUCCUCUGUACAGCACUGGAGGCUGACCAGCCUGUCAGCCUCACCAAUACACCAGAAGAGCCCAUCAUGGUCACCAAGUUCUAUUUCCAGGAGGAUCAGUAGUACUGCCAAGACCUGCCUUUCCCUACUCCUGGGCCAUCAGUGACUCCAGAGACUGACUCUUUGCCCUGGCCAUCUUUGGGCUCUUAGGAGCCCAAAGGCUGGUGGCCUUGUGGAAGGAAGCAAAAGAGGUGACAACUCCUCCUGCAGCCUCUCAGUUGACUCUCUCUCUACAAUGCCUCCAGAAUGAUCAUCCCAAUCGCAAAUCAGGCCAUGGCAGUCCCAUGCUCACAGUUCUUCUGACCUCUGGGUGAAAUCCAGACUCCCUUCUCUGCCUGAGUGCCUUCUUUCUCCCCCUGUCUCCUAUCUCCUCCACUAUCCUACGCCACAUCCAUGACCCCAAUCCAUCAGGACCCUCACUCACUGCCACCAAGUGGCUCCCCUCACACUGUUUCAUCUAUCAAUGCCAGUCAAUGGGGAAGGUUUUGUUCUUGUUGGUUGUGCUUUGGUUUUUGUGCUAAAGAGUAGAUUUAGGGUCUUACAUGGCCAAACAUAUUCUAUCCCUGAGUUGCACUCCAAUCCAUGGGGAUAUUUUUAAGGCUCUGAAAAAUACAAAUUAAGUAGUUUAUGAUUAUUUUUAACAAGCCAAUUUUAUUUAGUAAGAAGAAGAUUAAAAGAAACUAAUUGGGGGAUAAGGGGGCUGGGA